GAGAUGUGUAGAUCUAUCACAUUCCCUGAAGGAUGUAGAAUCAAUACUCUCAUACUAAAGAUACAUAUGUCACCAGAGUAUUGGGACCAGCCUGAAGUUUUCAAUCCAAAAUGGUUUAGUCCAGAAGGGAAGGAGGGUAGGAAUCCUCAGGCUUACAUUCCUUUUGGUUCAGGACCAAAGAGUUGUAUUGGAAUGAGGUUUGCACUAAUGGAGGCUAAGGCUUGCUUAGUGAGUAUAUUGAGGAAGUAUAGGUUUGAAAGAUCACCUGAUACUCAGGUUAGCUGAUCACAAUCAUUCAUUAAAGAUU